AUGCUCGAACUCCAUGUCUACGGUCCUGGGUUCGGUCUGCCGUCAAUCGAUUCGAGUUGUUUGGCAGCAAUUGCACUCCUUCAAUGCUGUGCGCAAUCAGGCCAAGUUGAGUGGAAAUUGAUCCCCAGCAAUGAUCGCAGCAUUUCUCCUUUCGAUGAACUACCUGCCCUUCAAGUUGACGACUUAUGGAUAGCCGGUUUCCGCGAUAUUGCGCAUUACAUUCAUACACAAUAUCAAGAUGCCAUUGAGCACGAGGUGUUCGCCAUUGACCUGGACGAGGCACAAUCGGCGAACAAUGAGGCCUAUCUUGCUUUCCUCGAAUCUCGUGGCCUGCCUAUCCUCGAUUUGAGUCUCUACGUGUCCAGCGACAACUACACAACGUUGACUCGCUCGACGCUCUCCGCUCUCCUUCCCUGGCCACGAAGCUGGCACAUCCCUCAGCAAAUACGCGAUGCAGCACGGAAGCGCUCUGAACAUCUUGGACUGUCUGGCUUGGAUGUCGAUGCGUCACGCGAGAAAGAGCUGAAGAAGGAAAACGAAGGAAUCAGCGCUGCCAUUCCCAAGAGCCUGCGCUUGCCGAAAAAGAGUGUAAGUGCACUGCUCGGAAGCAAGGCCGAAGCAACGAGAUUUCGGUUAGAGGCAGUUACCAACGACUUGUUCGAGCCAUUGGACAAAUUGCUAGGAGAGCAAGAUUACUUUCUUGGGGAGACUAUGACUGUAUUGGAUUGUUAUGCGCUUGGCAUCCUUGCACUGAUGGACGUUGGGGACAUGGCGCAACCUUGGCUGAGAGAGGCACUUCACAAAUAUCCACGUUUGAGCAAGUGGACCACAAAACGUGUGCACUCUACAUUCGGUGUCUCUAUCAUGUUCAAAUUUGGGUUCGACGUUCUGAACAGCAUUGCAGAAUCCUUACCUCUCACACUCACAACAACUGCUAUUCGACCAUGUGAACACGAGGCUGCUGCCUCAGGACGUUCGGGUCAGUUGAAAAAGUUGGAAAGCAAACACUCUUUCCGUCUGCAAAUACAACGCCGUCAACAAGUACUUCGAGAAACAGUUACGGCUGGUGUGUCGUCUGCAGGACUACUUGGGGCGUUGAUCUACAUGGGUGCAUUGACGAUUAAGUGGCCUUUAUCGGGACCAAAGCCAAUGCAACAGACCUUUGGUGAAGCUGGAUCGUUUCUAGGUCUGCGGUAA